CCCUCGAGCUUGCAAGCUGGGAUUUGUUGGUGUUUAACUCCGGCUCAUUGGGGCUAGUUUUCUCCCGUUCACAUUAUUUAUGCCUCAUGUUAUCAGUUCCUGAAUAUCUGCAUCAGAGAUGUUUGUAUAAGCUCCUCAUGAGAUACCAGCAUGUCUCAUGGUAACCAGUUCCUGAACAGCUGCUCUUCCUGUCGGACGGGUUUGUCUGACUUCCUCCUGGGAUGGUCAAAGGUGGUGGAAUGUGACUUGUCUCUGAGGCCAAAAGGAGUUUCUGCGCCGAGACCCAGAGAUGCCCAUGGCUUGUUCCUGGUGUGUCAGGCUGCAAGAUUUACGUGUCCUCGAGCGCUGACAAGCAGGCCGCCAUUUGAGGUGACAUGCCUGAUCUCCCUGACUAACACAGGACGGUGAAUCCCCAGUCCCAACUCUUGGUGGCUCCGGGUCCCUUAGGGAGCUCAAGUGUGGUGGUGAUGCUGGGCUGUGCCUGGCACAGCCAUGGUUUUAGCCUUUCAUGACAAGCCUUUGCAUGCUUCACUCUCCAACCCCUUUGCAGGGACCACAGACGCAGAUGUGACAGUGAAGGUGUCCUCAUCUUUCUCUGCCUUCUCGAGACCCAUGGAGACCUCAACGCUUCCGUCCACCGCUGCCUCCACCAGCGCAACCACCACUCCCUUCAGCCCCGAAACAGGAACCUCCACCCCAGAGAAGAGGUCCAGCACACCACUGCACGCCUUCACAGCCAGCACUGCGACUACUUGCAACAGCAGCCCCGCAGCCUCUAAUGUCACCUCACCGGCUGAGAGCACGACCCACAGCUCUGCCAGUUUGCCUGCUGGCACCACCACGGUCCAGAUAGUCCCCAUCACCACAGGAAGGGGGACCACCACUGAUGCCCGGUCUCCAACCACUGCAGCCGUGACGUCCACUCGUGUCGAGAUGACAGUCAGCACGUCCAUGGGGACCAGCACGGCUUCGGGUGUCAGUUUGACCAGAGGCGACACAAGCACGGUGCCUCCCUCCACCUCCUCUGUUCUUUCUUCCACCAUGGAGGGCACCACGCUUGCCACGAGCACCUACGAAGGGCCAACCACAACCACGCUGCUUCGCAGCACAUCCCAGGAGACCAGCAGUGCGUCUCCCUCUACGACCACUCCUCCUAUCACGACAGAAGAGACAAUCACUUCAGCUGGGUCCUCAGCAUCGCUGGAGGACACCACAACUGUCUCCAUCACCAGCACAGUGGUCUCAGAGAGCACCCCCACUGCCACCCAGUCGGAGACUACAGCUGGGACCACCCCUGAUAUCUCCACCCCGACCUCAGGGACAGCCCCGGACACCACAACAGUGCCUCAAACCUCAAGUGCAGCGUCAAAGUCGUCUUCCCCUGCCACUGACUCAACCCAGAGUUCAGAGGUUACCAUCAGCACCACUGCAGACCAGCCAACGACACCGCUUGUCUGCCCCAGUGCCGCGACAAACACCAGUGCAUCUCACCUCUUUCUGUCAAUGCGCCUAACUUUUCCCCUGGACCUUGAAAACUCCAUGGCUCAGGAGCUGAUUUUGUCCAAGCUCCGUGGGGAUCUGCAGACCGCGUUCCCGUGUGCUGGCUUCACAGUGCAGUGGAGAGGGAAGAGGAGGACCUGAACGCUCUCCUCCCAGCCUGAGGACCUGCUGGGCAGCGACCUGAGAUGCCUUCCUGGAUUUUUGGUUUCACUCUCUAGCAGAGGUGCCAUGGAGGAAAACCAACUGCAUCCAACUGGAAACCAACUGGAUCUGAUUACUCCUUAGGAACCAGCCACCAGCUAGGACGAGUUCCUGCACAACCAGACCUUUAUUUAUGUGCUUCCUUCUCUGAAAUAAACGAUGGGCUGGGGGAAUUGCUUUCGCAGUUUCCCCAAAUGGAGCAAGUGAUUUUCUCA